AACUUUCUGCUCGCCGCGAGCCAAUUUACACGACAAAAAAACGCACCUCACGCGAAGACAACACACCGAAGACCAAAAUGACUACCGUCGAGGCAUCCUCCGCUACGAAUAAAAGUGUUUCUGGAGAGUUUCACAUAGCAAGGAAUGUCGAAUCUUCUUCAUCUUCUGAAGCAAACUCAGAAGAAACAUGGCAGGAGCCAUCGCAGGCAUAGCAGUCGGAACAGCAAUUCUCAGAAAUGGAGGUGGACCCACGGCCGUUCCGCCAUGGCUGUGAUGAUAUGUGGGCAUGGUCACGGUACGAACGCAGCCCCGAGGUGAAAAUCUUCGGCAAGACCUCCAACGUCGCGCAUUUUCAUCCGAACUGGAGCAGUGGUACCGCCGGCGUUCGUGGGACACGCGUGCUUAACAAUGGCCGCUAUUUCUGGGAAUUGCAGUUAAGCCAGCGCAUUUUCGGCACGAGCAUGAUGUUUGGUAUUGGUACCAAAAAGGCACGUUUACACGCCGAUGCUUUUACCAAUUUGCUUGGUGAGGAUAACAACGGCUGGGGUUUGUCGCAUAAAGGCCUGCUGUGGCAUGGCGGCCGGUGGUACCAUUAUACAAAACCCUUUCGGGAGAAUGAGGCUACGACUAUAGGCAUCUUGUACGACGGCAUUGCCGGCACGCUCACGUAUUACAAAGAUGGUAAAAGUCUAGGUGUAGCAUUCAGAGGUCUCAAUGACAUUAAAGAGAAUCUCUACCCGAUUGUAUGCUCGACAGCGGCGAAAACGGAAAUGACGCUGGACACCAUGAAGCGUGACUUUGUCAACCUACAAGACAGGUGUCGUGCAGUGAUUGUAAAACGGGUUGCAUCUAAGAGGGACUUAGAUAAACUGCUGGUCCCCACGCGGAUCAAAGCGUAUCUGGGCGAAGCAUCUUUCCCGUUCAAGGAGUUCAAUCAUAAUUUCAAUUUGUGAGCACACAGUUGUGAUGGUGGCGAUUUGAUUGAUUGAAUGUUAAGCACUCUGCGUCAUGUUUUAUUUGUUGCUCGUUUGCAAGCGUGAACUGGAAUUUAUUCAAUCCGACUGAUUACCUAUACAUUUACGUACGUAAGUUGAUAACGUCUAGUCAUUUUAUACUUUUCUACGUUUUGCGAAACGAGGCGAUUUUAUUCUUUACCGCUCUACAUACUACAUGUAAGGCAUGUUGUUGAACAAAACGAAAAGCACCUGUGCCCAAACAAAUAUAUAUUGUAAUUUAAGCUCAAACGCGUGUGGGUUUAAACAUUAAAUGUUACAAAGAAAAUUUCGUAAUGGAAGGCCGAGGAACGAAUAGUCGAAUUAAAUUUUAAGCGUCUAGUCAUAAUCUAAGUCAUUUCAUUCUACAUUGUCAGGUAGAAUGGAUUUCAAUGUAAAUAAAACAUAAACCAAACGUGUAAAUAUAAUUUCUAGGUAUAAAUUGUAUUGAUUCUUGUAAGUAAUUAAUCGACCGUGGAUUUAAUCCAGGUGCCAUAUUUGUAUAAACAAUAAUUUCGACAAUCGUUUCACAAGCGAUGAAUUAUUUAUUGUCUUAGCAGCGUUUCUAGUACAAUUUUAUUGCGCGAACGAUGCGACACGGUGGUAGUUACCAAAUAUGUAAAUAAAACUAAACUAGCGUAAUUCAUUUAUAAAUUAAGGAUUAUAUACUAGCGAAAUAACUGUUUUGUGAUUCUUAUUUAUUAUUCUAUUGUAUAACGUAAGGCAUUAUUUAUUAGAUUUGUUUUCUAGCGUUUUUCAAUUGGCCAUUUUGUGCAAUAUGAGAUGAUAAUGAAAUUGGAUGAAAUAGAGUUUCGCAUACCAGGAUUUGUAUGUGGAAGUUUAUUUCGAAUCACAAUGGAGUUUGAUUUUAGUCAUAAUUAAUGUAACUUUCUGUGCUGUAAUAAAUGGUUUAUUUUAUAAA